AGCAAUUUUGUUUUUGUGUUUUUGAGGCAAUUCCAAAUUUCUAGUUUCUGGUCAAAAAUGCUGUCGGUUGAACAGGAAUGUUGCAGUCUGGAACAAAAAGCAGAGAUUAUUAAAUACAUAGAGGAAUUAAUUAUUGAAAACAAAUCGGUGACGUGCAAGUGGCUCAGCUGGUUCUGUGGCAUCAGCCGCCGUGCUGCCGUGGCCGUGCUGGAGGAGCUGGCCGUGCAGAACGGCACGCCGAGACCGGACAUCGACACGGUGCACGUGCUGUCAGGCGCGCUGACGUCCGGUGGCAACGGCGUGUCGGUCAUUCUUGGCCGAGACUUGUCUCACACCAAGGCCCGUUUUGCCGACAACUGCCAACAGUUCCUCUAUGGUGUGCACAAGAAGGAACUCAUCAGCGAUCCAGUCCAUUUGUUCAGGAUUCAGAACCUGCCGGACCUUACGGAAAGCUUCAGUUGGCCUAUUGAUGCCACCUGCCGGGAACACCUGCAGCCCGAUGAGGUGCUGCGGGCCCUGGAGACGGAGUGUGUUGUUUGUAAAGUGCUGUGUUGCGACAGGCCUAUUGAUGCCACCUGCCGGGAACACCUGCAGCCCGAUGAGGUGCUGCGGGCCCUGGAGACGGAGUGUGUUGUUUGUAAAGUGCUGUGUUGCGACAGGCCUAUUGAUGCCACCUGCCGGGAACACCUGCAGCCCGACGAGGUGCUGCGGGCCCUGGAGACGGAGUGUGUUGUUUGUAAAGUGCUGUGUUGCGACAGGCCUAUUGAUGCCACCUGCCGGGAACACCUGCAGCCCGACGAGGUGCUGCGGGCCCUGGAGACGGAGUGUGUUGUUUGUAAAGUGCUGUGUUGCGACAGGCCUAUUGAUGCCACCUGCCGGGAACACCUGCAGCCCGACGAGGUGCUGCGGGCCCUGGAGACGGAGUGUGUUGUUUGUAAAGUGCUGUGUUGCGACAGGCCUAUUGAUGCCACCUGCCGGGAACACCUGCAGCCCGAUGAGGUGCUGCGGGCCCUGGAGACGGAGUGUGUUGUUUGUAAAGUGCUGUGUUGCGACAGGCCUAUUGAUGCCACCUGCCGGGAACACCUGCAGCCCGAUGAGGUGCUGCGGGCCCUGGAGACGGAGUGUGUUGUUUGUAAAGUGCUGUGUUGCGACAGGCCUAUUGAUGCCACCUGCCGGGAACACCUGCAGCCCGAUGAGGUGCUGCGGGCCCUGGAGACGGAGUGUGUUGUUUGUAAAGUGCUGUGUUGCGACAGGCCUAUUGAUGCCACCUGCCGGGAACACCUGCAGCCCGAUGAGGUGCUGCGGGCCCUGGAGACGGAUGUCAUGCAGUUGUUUGUGGGCGUCAAGCAGCCGGAGGAACAGCCAGCCAUUCCCAGCACGAGAGAGAGCGAGGCACUGCACGAGGGAGAGACUGAGUCUGCCACCAGUCGACCGCUCCCUGUCCCAGAGACCAGGCCCCAUGUAGCUGCAGCAGACAGUGUGGUCAAAAACAAGAGUAGGAAACAGCGUUUGCUGAGAGCUACUUCCAAGUCCAGCAACUCUCGAGGAGCUGGUAGAUGUGACGCAGCUGCCCCACCUUCCAAGAAAAUGAAACGUAUAAUAGAAUUCUCGGAGUCUGAAGAGUCGGAGUCCGAAGAGUCGCACAAAGAAGAGGAGCCGGAGGCCCGCGAGCCGUCGCCGGUGAGCGUGGAGCUCGGCAGGACCUUCGUCAAGUCGCUGACCUCGCUCACCAGCGCUGCUGACGACGGCUUCAUCGUGACCAAGAAGAUUGUGGGUCUGGAGGAGAGAAGUCUUGACGACAAACCGCAGGCUCCAGGAAAUGUUGGCGAGACUGCAGUAGAAGGCGUUCCUAGCAGCAAGAAGAGUGUUGUUAAACUCAAACAAUCUUCCUUAAAGGACUUUUUUAGGAAAUAAUUUUUUUUUCUUUAACUUUGUCAUGUAAUUAUAAUUAUCCUUUUCUACAGAUUUAAUAUAUGUAUAUAUUUGGCUCUGUUGUGGGUGAUUUUUGUGAGUGUUUCUUUAUUUUAACACUGGUAAUUUUUGCUGUUUUAAUGUUGUUUAUUUUGAAUAAUACCGGUACCUUUUUUAUAAACAGGACCAUUGAGUGUAAAUGGCAAGGAUAUGGCACCAGUGUUACCCAGGUGGUUAUUCGAGAUUUUUUGAUACCUAAAUUUACAUGAAGCUUACCUGUUAUGCAAUAAACUUACAUCAUGUUUACAAUUAUGUGCAUGGUAAUGUU